GUGAGCCAGACGUUUUCCAUCAUGGCGGCGGAGGGCUGUGAGGAGAUGAGCGGCAACGGGGAGCUCGAGGAGUCUUCAGUGAUGGAGGCUUCUGAGGUUCCUGCAUCACCUCCGACUGAGAUGGUAGAGAUGUCAGAAGAGAACGGCAGUGCCGCCGAAGCCCCUGAGGUCCCCUUAGGCCCCCAGCCGGAUUCCUUCUCCAUGCCUCCACCUGCAGAAGACGAGGAGGGAGAGUUGCCUGCGGACUUUGAGCGUCUGUGGAAGGCCGCCCACGACAAUCCUCAAGACUUCACCAGCUGGACCGACCUGCUGCAGUACUGCGAGCAAGAGAGUCACGUCACAGCGUCACGCAGAGCACUAGAAGCCUUCCUCGCUCGCUACCCGCUCUGCUACGGCUACUGGAAGAAAUUUGCUGAUCUGGAGCGCCGCGCUGGGUACAACAACAAAGCGGAAGAGGUGUGUGUUCAGGGUCUGCAGUUAAUCCCUCUGAGUGUAGAUCUGUGGAUCCACUACAUCAAUCUGCUGCUGGGAACACUGGACAUGAACCUGCCUGAGUCGCCCACACGGAUUCGCAGUGUUUUCGAGGAUGCGGUUCAGGCAGCAGGCUUGGACUUCCACUCAGACCGGCUUUGGGAUCUUUACAUUGAGUGGGAGAAGGAGCAGGGGAACAUGAAGAACGCAACUGCCGUCCUGGACAGAGUCCUCAAAGUCCCCACUCAGCUCUACAACACCCACUACGACAAGUUCAAGGAACACCUGAACGGCCACGAGCCCAAAGAUGUGCUUCCCCCGGAGGAGUACGAGGAGCUGAGGACGUUGUGCCGUCAGAGUCAGAAGGCAGAGCGUGCAGAACAGGCCCAGGAGGAGGAGGAGGAGAGGCCGCCUGGGGAGGAAGAGCCCGCCACACCUGAUGGCACGGACACAGAGGAAUUGAUGCAGAAGAUCAGGGAACAAGUGCUGGUUCGCAGGGACAAAGUGUACCAGGACAACGAGGGAGAAGUCCGCAAGAGAUGGCACUUUGAAGAUGCUAUCAAACGUCCAUACUUCCAUGUCAAGCCACUCGACCGCCUCCAGCUGCGGGCCUGGCACACCUACCUGGACUGGGAGAUCGCUCAGCUGAACAAGGAAACCAGAGACUCCAGCCAAGAUCCAAACGAGGCAGCCACAGAGGGGUCAGAGGUCACAGCCCAGCCUCAGGAAGCAUCCGAGGAUGCUGUGGAUGCCCAUGACGACCACAGGGUUCGCAUCCUCUUUGAGCGCUGCUUGAUCGCCUGCGCUCUGUAUGAGGAGUUCUGGACCAGGUACACUCAGUACCUGGAGUUGCACAGCGUGGACGAGGCGCGGGCUGUUUUCCACCGAGCCUGUGGGAUCCACCUGACGCACAAACCCAACAUCCACAUGCACUGGGCCACCUUCGAGGAGAGGCACGGUGACUUAACCGAAGCCCGACGAGUGCUGGAGGCCCUGGAGAAAACCCUACCAGGGUUGGCGGUGGUCCGUCUUCGCAGGGCAGCUUUAGAGAGACGAGCGGGCCAGCUGGACCAAUCGGAGGCCUUGCUGCAGGAGGCGGUGGCCGAAUCCAAGGAGAAGCCAACAUUACAUGCUUUCUACUCCAUCAAGCUGGCUCGUCUGCUGUUUAAACUGGGCAGGAACCCCAGCAGAGCCCGCAGGGUUUUACAGGAGGCGCUGGAGAUCAGUCCGGAUAAUGAUAAACUACACAUGAACCUGUUGGAGCUGGAGGUGUCGGGAGACCCCUGGGCCUCAGCCGAGGCGGUGCAGGAGUGUGUGACACGAGCCCUGGCAGCUCCCCUCGCCCCGGACACUAAGAUCGUCUUCUCACAGAGAGGUCUGCAGUUCGCUGAGGACUACAGCAACUCUAUCCAGAGUGUGCUGUCUGUGUAUGAAGAGCACCAGAAACUGCUGAAGGAGCUGGGUGGAACAAAGAGAGGAGCAGAGAACGGGGAUGAGGACGCAGAGAAGUUAAGCAAAAGUGACGACGGCUCCACUGUCGCUGUGUCUGCACAAGCCCCACCUACCAUGCCACACGUCCCCAUAACCACACCCCCUCCACCUGUGAUGGGCGCCGACAUGAGCGCACAGACUGGAUACGGCGGAUACAGCAGCUGGUACCAGCAACCGCAGUACGGCAGCUACGGCUACCAGAACACCUGGAACUACGGCCAGGGCUACUAUCCUCCCAGCUAGACCGGGGGACAUUGACUGUGACACCAAAAAGGAAGCAGUUUGACCUCAAAGGACUUCUUAGCUGAACAACAAACUGAACCACCCAGUCCUGCCGGUCCACCUGCUAAAACAGCAGCCCAGCAUCCCUUCCUCUCCGUCCCUCCUCUGGGUUACCUCACUGUCCUCGAUUUGUUUAAACACGGGGCCGGAGUCGAGCUGUUUUAACACGUCGUAGUAAUUUCAGUGUUGAUUCUGAGGGACAGGUGGAAAGAGGAUGAAAGGGAACAGUGACACCCAUUCUCAGUGCAUCAGUGUCUCAUUUUAAUCAGAAAUAUUUUUGUAUUUGUUUGCAAGCCGACCCCCUUUGCUCCUGUUUUAAAAGUCAUCUGGUUUAUCAGACUUGACAAGCUAAUGUAUGAUUGACAUUUUGUACCAUUCCAGAGUAGGCUAUUUGUUGUUUUUUCUAAUGUAUAUAAAGGUGUUUUAUAGUGUGUCACAACAGAA